UCCCUGGUUAUCUCUCGCCUUGACUAUUUCAUUCCAUAUCUGCCAUCCCUCUCUGCCAAUCCCUCCACUGACCUCCACUCAGUGUCCUCCAUCCCUCUCUGCCAAUCCUUCCACUGGCCUCCACUCAGUGUCCUCCAUCCCUCUCUGCCAAUCCCUCCACUGGCCUCCACUCAGUGUCCUCCAUCCCUCUCUGCCAAUCCCUCCACUGGCCUCCACUCAGUGUCCUCCCAUCCCUCCCUGCCAAUCCUUCCACUGGCCUCCACUCAGUGUCCUCCACCCCCCUCUGCCAAUCCCUCCACUGGCCUCCACUCAGUGUCCUCCAUCCCUCUCUGCCAAUCCCUCCACUGGCCUCCACCCCUCUCUGCCAAUCCCUCCACUGGCAUCCACUCGGUGUCCUCCACCCAUCUCUGCCAAUCCCUCCACUGGCAUCCACUCGUGUCCUCCACCCCCCACUCUGCCAAUCCCUCCACUGGCCUCCACUCGGUGUCCUCCAUCCCCCUCUGCCAAUCCCUCCACUGGCCUCCACUCGUGUCCUCCAUCCCUCCCUGCCAAUCCCUCCACUGGCCUCCACUCAGUGUCCUCCACCCCCCUCUGCCAAUCCCUCCACUGGCCUCCACUCGGUGUCCUCCAUCCCUCUCUGCCAAUCCCUCCACUGGCCUCCACUCAGUGUCCUCCACCCCUCUCUGCCAAUCCCUCCACUGGCCUCCACUCAGUGUCCUCCACCCCUCUCUGCCAAUCCCUCCACUGGCCUCCACUCAGUGUCCUCCAUCCCUCUCUGCCAAUCCCUCCACUGGCCUCCACUCAGUGUCCUCCAUCCCUCUCUGCCAAUCCCUCCCCUGGUUUUUCAUUGCCCAACGA